AUGUCCUUUCGCUCGGGAUGUACGAUAUCCCAUCACUCGAGGGUGAAUCAAGUGCAAAUUGAUCUACUUGCCUCGCUAUACUUGCUUUCCACUGGACAAGUGACUAGGGCCUGGAGUCUAUGCGAGGAGACAAACGGUCUCCAUGUGGACCUCAGAACAUCAGCCUUGUCGGAGAACUUCAAAGAAGAACGAUGCCGUUUAUGGUGGUCUUUAUGUGGUCUGCAUUAUCACCUCAGUGUCAUGACAGGGCGACCCUCUCUCCUAGCGCAUGGCAUGGCGACAGAGACACUUGACACUGUGAAUUCAGAGAGUGCUCGCACUUUUUCCGAGAAAAACUCCGCCGAUUUGGACAUGGACCAGCUCUACUUCGCUGAGCUUUCCAAGCUCGUUUCGAUCGGCUAA